AUGAGAGGGCCAGGGCGCGUGAGCAGUGCCCUUCUGCUGCCCAUCGCUCUAUUGUCGCUGCCAGCGAACGCGUACAACGCCACAGCAUACAAGGAGGAAUUAGAAUCAUCGCUACGCCUCGUCCACGCUGUAGCGACGGGUGCUACGGGCGCUCUAUGUGUGACACACCACUACGGACGGUUACGAGCGCCGUUACACGCUACGAGGUGGGACGCUACGAGAGCCCGGGCCGAUCUCGCUGCGAAUAUCUUACAACAACUUGGCAUGGAAACCGCUGAUGUUCUUAUAGCGGUCUCAAGAGGGCUAGUGGUUGGUUCAAGCGCAUCAGAGAGAGUGGUUGGUGCUCGGGCGAUAGCAUUACGACCUGAUGGUGUGGUUAACAAUUCCAUCGCCUGGGAAAAGUAUGGAGCUGAACCUGUCGCUGGUGUAACACCAUCACUGGAGAAGCCACCUGAUUCAGAAUUUCCUUGGUAUGUGUCAGCUCAUGAAAGUGACUCUCUUCGAUCACCGAAGUUCAUGCCGUCACUCCCUGGAGCUACAAUGGAGGGGUGGUGGACCUACCCAUACUACAGCUGUUCUGCGAAACGUUGGCUGCUGUCAUAUACAGUGCCUGUUUCUACAGUACGUGGACUUAAAGGAAUAGUGUCAUUAGACAUAGACAUCUCCAGUUUGGAAGUGAAUCAGUGCGAGGCGUACGAAUAUGACGACAACCAAAUAUAUUCAUUCCACGGAACGCAUAAGUGCCCUAAUGAAACUACUUAUUGUGAAUAUAAACCGAACCGCGAAACGAGCACUCGUUAUUCGGGAUGGGCGCGUGGCUCAUACAUCUGUAAGUGCAGACCCGGAUAUUACUCAAUUCACCAUCCGGAAGGCUUCAACGGGACACUCGUUGAAGUUGCAUAUCAAGAAUUUGAAGAGAACGGCGUAGACAUUUGGAACGAGCCGUACGAAUGUUUGAAAUGUCAACCCGGGUGUGACUCUUGUCGGGGACCGGAGCCAUGUCUCGCGACAUAUAAUUGGCCGUUUCGGAUAUCUCUCCUAGUGAUAUCAGUGAGUUGUGCGGUUAUGACGGUAGUACUAACCAUCUACACGCGCCAUCAUAGACGAGUCAAAGUGUUUCGCGUCGCCAGCCCCGUCUUCCUCUCUAUCACUCUUCUUGGAUGCGCUAUGAUGUAUAUGGAGAUGGCCGCAAUUUUUCCAGUUCUUGAUAUGUAUUCGUGUAUAGCGACGAAGUGGACACGUCAUAUGGGAUUUUGUAUCACAUACACCGCGCUACUAAUGAAAACUUGGAGGGUCUCUCUAACGUAUCGCGUAAAGUCAGCGCAUAAGCUAAAAUUAACAGACAAGCAGCUUCUCCAAUGGAUGGCUCCAAUACUCCUGAUCAUGCUGGUCUACCUCGGCACAUGGACUCUGUCUGCGCCGCCCGAUGCUGAAGUGAUAACUGACAACCGAGGACUUAAAUUCAAACAAUGUACAUAUAACUGGUGGGAUCACAGUUUGGCAAUUGGUGAGAUUCUGUUCUUGUUAUGGGGUGUACGUGUGUGCUAUCGUGUACGUCACGCUGAAAGUCUAUACAACGAGGCUAGAUUAAUCUCUAUAGCCAUUUACAAUAUCUUCACAGUCAAUUCUUUAAUGAUUGCUUUUCACCUGUUAAUUUUACCCCGAGCCGGUCCAGACAUAAAGUACUUACUGGGUUUCAUAAGAACCCAACUCUCCACAUCAACUACCGUCCUAUUGGUAUUUUUACCUAAGGUUUUACGCGUUGUACGCGGUACAGGAGAUACAUGGGAUAGCCGAGCUCGAGCACGUGGCGUGCCUGCCUCAUCUUCGCUGAACGGGAUCGGACUAGUACCAGAUGAGCCGCCCGAUCUUUACCAGGAGAAUGAACAGUUAAAGGAGGAGGUUCAGAAGUUAGCCGCCCAAAUCGAAUUCAUGAAGAUAGUUCAAAUGGAAAUGCACAAUCGCCACUUGCGGCCAAAGCCCGGAGGAUACUUCAGCGCCAACGCGACUACCAUGCCUCAGAGUCCUAUGCACUCGAAGACACUCAAUAUUUCACAAGAGAACACGGAGUGGGGACCAGUUUGA